AUGCUUUAGGAAAGAUUAAGAAACUUCAAAGAACUCCAAGCUAAAUUUCAAAAGCUUGAUGUGCCAUCUCUUCCAGGACCUAUUAAGUUCCCAGAAGGUGUUUCUCAAAAGGGGGACAUGGGCAGCGCACAGCCAACGAUGACUCGGGCCAACGGGAAACUACUCUCGUCCAACCACCAUCGGCCGCCAUCAGAUUGUUCCAGGGGUGAACCCCAGCCUCUCAAACCCCAGAAAAUGAAGCUGGCACAGAAAAGUGAGAUUUGGAAAUAUUUUGAUUCCUCAGGACCUCCAGGAAGGUCUAUUCAUUCUGCAGCGAAUUCACAGGAGACUUCUCUGCUUUUAUACAUGAAUCAGAUAAACCCUAAGAUAACCAGUAAGAAGAACUUGGCGGUGACCAGUAGCUUCCGAAACAAGCUCUGGAAAUGGGAGAAGGUUUCGUCUCAGAACAGUGAAAUGUCAUCAGCCUUUCUCCUUGCCGAUUGUGGAGACAGGGCUUUCCAUCUGGAAGAUCAGGAAAGCACAGGGCUUUCUACUCCAAAGGGGCCCAGGGAAAAGCUUCAGAUAAACGGGUCCCAGACUCUUCCUUUCCAAGGGCACUUGAUGGCCCCCCAAAAAUCAUGCGUUGCCUCAGAAGAUCCCACUUUUCAACUUUCUCCUCAUGGAAGGAAGAACCUAGUGAAGUCCCAUCCUGAGAGGAGCCCAGCAGGGAGCACCUGCCAGCCUGUCUAUGAGAGGGAGCUAGCCAGCUGGCCACUAGAAAAACCGCUGGAUGUCAAGCAGCACCAACUUCCCAAAACAAAGCCGCUGCCUUCUGUGGAGUCCCUGGGUCCUCCUCCCACAAAGCCACCAAAGCCUCCAGCGGUGAACCUCCAGGCUUUCCAGAGGCAGACAGCUGCUGUUCCCAAGAUCCACGAGGGAGCAGCUGAGGAGAAGGGCUACCUGCCUCCAGAGAGGUGAUUCAAUGCUGAAUUUGAAGAACCGCAUAAUUAUGAGGCAAGAAUUUCAUAUCUGAGACACUCUGGCAACUCCAUUAACCUGUGCACUGCAGAAGAAAUUGCUGAUUCAACUUAUGAAGUUGGAAUUGAAGAACUCCAAAAGCCUUGGAAGAGUUUUCUCUGCCAAGAACUUAGCCCUAAAUAUGAAGAUGAAGAUAGAAAAAUGAAGGAAAAAGAACCGUGCAAAUUGGAACCUCAAAAAACAGAAAGGGAUCUCCGUCCAGACCAUCUCUUUGAAGUGGGUGCCUAUGAAGAGACACCUGGGAAAGUCCCACUGAUGAACGUUCACGGACACAUGGAGAGCAUGCUGGCCGGAAAGCAGGAUGCUGUGACUGACAGCACCCAAUCAAAGGCCUGCCCCAAGGACCCAAAGCUGGUCAAGCACUUCCAAGGCCAAUGUGGGUAUGUGGAGGCCUUGGAGGUGACUAAAGGAACACCAGGCCAAAGGGCCUUUAAGCCCAGUUCCAUCUCAGAAGAAACCUAUGAUGAUGUUGAGUACCCUGGGAGAAAGAAAUCAAAGUCAGACUUCUUGAACUCAUUUGCAUCAGAUAGUGAAAAUAAUAAAGAAAUGUAUGAAGAUGUAUACAAAACAAAGAGCAACUCCACCAAAACAGAUUUAGAUGGAAAAGCACUUAAGAGACUGCAGAGAUUCUUCAAGAAAGAAAAGGAUAAAUUUAAGAUGAAGAAGACCAAGUUGAAAGAAAAUGUAAGUGCAUUUUCCAUUUCGCUGCCUGAUUUAGAACUUAGGUCUCAGGAAGUUAUUAUCCACGAUGAUGUGAACAUAAAUGAGAAAGUGUCAAAAGAUGAAAAUAAAGUAAAAAUUUGGAAGCCCAAGCUUUUUAAACCAAAGGGGAAAAAAGAAAGAAAAGGUGCUGAAGAAUCAGAACACCUAUCACCUAGAAAUUUCUUCAGAACCAAGAAACAAAACUUAGAAAAGGACAGAAUGGAAAGAGAAAAACUUUUUAGAGAAAGAUUUGAGUAUGACAAAGAGAUUACUGUCAUCAACACAGCAGUGGCAUGUUCCUGUAAUUCAAGAAAUGGAAUAUUUGAUUUGUCAAUAACCCCUGGAGAAGAACUCGAAAUCAUUGAUAUCGCUGAAGAAAAUCUAGUGAUAUGUCGCAAUUCUAAAGGCAAAUAUGGAUAUGUGCUAAUCGACCAUCUAAAUUUCAAGUAUCAAGGGUGGUCAUCUUAGGAAGAUCAACAUCAAAUGUAUGGAUGCACAAGUGAGAACUAGUUCUAAGAUAUUCGUCCUGCUCCUAUGAGUUUCAGUUUACAUGUCAAAAUGAGAUGGCAGAAACUUUAGUUGGGAACCUAAGAGAGAAAAUAAACCCUCCACGUUUAGUUGGUUUUCACUCCUAAAAACUUAUCUUUCCUUGUCUAUUUUAGUAUCUAUUUCACUGCUGGCUCAGAAUGUGAAACAGUGUGUGCCAGCAUUUGAGCACUUUAUUCAGUGAGCCACAUCCAAAGUAAGCAAUCAUGCCUUAUGGCACUACCUAGUCAGUUGUACAGAUAGUUAACACACUUCUCAUAUUAGUACACAAGUGUUUAGAAUUUCUAAAAGAUGCUGUCCAUUUAAAUUGGGUGUAAUUUAAUUUUGAAAAAAAUAAGUGUAACCAAGGUCUUUUAAAUACUGAAAAUAUAAUCUUGAAAUAAUUACACUUCAGUCUUUAAAAAAUCAAGGUGUAAGUGCUCUGCUUUAUCACAAAACCAAACUUGACUCAAAAUCACAAGACUCAAAAUACUGCUCAAAGUUGGUUUCUUUUAUGAAUAGUGUACCAAAAAGUAAUUUAUUAGUAAAUUCACCCAACAGCACUUAAAUUAUGCUGUAUUGGUUUAACAUAGCAUGCUGUCCAAAAUAAGUAAUACUUACUUGUCGAUUCAAAUAACAGAAUUCAUAUAUGUUUUUACUUACAUGAAAGUAAAUAAAAUUAAGCUGAGCUGUUAAUAACAUUCUGUAUUUUAAAUGAUGUACACUGCCUCUUAAGGAGGAUGAUUCUGGCCUUCAAGGGUGUAAAUUUAUUUCUUACGCUUCUAGGUUCUUUAUUUUUCAAGUUCCAAACAGCAUUUGCCAAAAAAAGGCCAAACUCAUUCUAGAAGAAAAGAAUCUAAUAUAUUAUAGAGUUUAGAGAGGAAAAUAGAUGUGAAUGAAAUGCGUAGAAGAUUAACAACAAAGGUUUUGCAGAGAAGGUGGCACUGCAGCUUGGUCUUUAAUCACAAGCACAAAUGCUAAACAAGGCACAGAGAUGGAAAGUCCAUGAUCUCUGGUGUCUAGGAAGAAAUCGCAAGGAAAUGGAGUGCGCUGUGUCUCGUAGGAAAGGGCAAGAGCUGGAACAGGGUAAGCUGGGGCUAGAAUAUGACAGAGUUUUUAUCGAAGACCUUUUUCAGGAAGGUAAUGUCAGAUGUCUAGAGAGAAAAGAAAAAAGAAAAAACAAUCACAGCAAUAUGGGCGAUAAAUUAGAGAGAGGAGAGACUAGUUGUUUUUGCAAUAUUCUAGGCAAAAGAGCACUUGACCAUAAGACAGCUGCAAUAACAUAGGACAGAAGCCCCAUUAGUUACAAAGGUAAGGAAACAGAGUUCUUGGUGAUAGAUUAGAGGUGAGAGAAAGAAUUAGGGAAUGACUCCAAGAUAUCUUUUUUGGGGAGCUGAGAUUAAGGAUGGUACCAAAAUGGAGAAUAUAUUUCUGUUUGGAUCCUCCUGAAUUAAAUUUACAUCCUCAGUGAAAUGCAGGGCAUUUGGGUGACUGCUGCCCCUCCUACACUGCGACUAGAGCUGUUCCUGU